AUGUCGUCAGAUCAAGGAGUUUCAUUGGCGAAAAAUCAUUCACAUACUAAACAUCAUACUUCACAUGAUCAUUCAAAAACAAUUUCAUCUAAAAAACCAAAAGCAACAUCCGCACAUGAAGCCGACGACGACUGUGAAACUAAUAAAGAUCCAUGUAAUAAAGUAAAUGAAUUGUCGGCUCCAUGUAAUCAAACCUUGCCUCGUCCUAGAAGUAAUUUUACUUUGUAUAAAAUAUCUAAUGGAGAGGGUAACGUUUGUAAUUGCAAUAGAUUAUACUAUGAUACUUUACGGUCAUGUACUUCUUGUUUGAAUAAUUCUAAACAUAAAGUGAUUAUUCAACCGUUAUGGAUAUGGAAAAAUUCUUGUGCUAAAUUUGGAACUCCAUUUACCGACUUUCCUCCUUUAAAUUUAAUGUCCUCAGAUACUGGAACUGGGAAUACAACUCGGAUUACUUCUAUUUCCGACACUAAUACCGUUGACAUAUUAAUUGUAGUCUGUGUGUUUGAAUCUGUAUUAAUCUUAAUUGGAAUCGGUUAUUUUUUAUAUCACCAACUGUAUAAAAAACGUAUUAAAUCAAAAAAAUUAAAUGAUUCAAUAACAAACUUACUACAAAGUAAUAAUCUUAAUCUUUCAAAUAUUCAACAUCAAUUAGAUCAACAACAUUUAUUAUUUCAACAAUUUUUAAAAUUUUUACAAACUCAACAACAAUUACCUCAUGAUGAAACAAAUUCAAUUUGA